CUUAGAAGACGGUGGUUUGGGUUGCAUUGUGUGCUGUGUUCCCUCUCUUUGAUUGUAAACUGCUGCCGUUCUUUAUUUCUGCUUUACUCCCAAUGUAAUAGAUAUUAUUACAACAGUGUGAGCUCAAGAUUCAACAGAUUGGCCUUGUUGUAAUUUUUAAGGAGUUGUCUUUUUGUAAAGAUAGUGAAGUGUGAGUUAUUCGUAAUAACACGUUAAUAAUUUGUUGGUUAAGUAUUUAAUUUACCUCCAAUUUUGUUGGAGACCCGGCCAGAUACAUGGUGCUAGGAAUUGACUACUAUAUCACGGUAUAAAAGAAGUGCUAUUUUUCGUUAUUUAUAGGUUAGUAAAAGAUGACAGACUUUUUAGAGUUCUCUGACAUUUCUGCAGAAACCAAGGGUUCAUUGACACCUGGAAAACUAAAGCUGUCUGACCAAGCCAUCAGCUUCAAGAACAGUAAAACUGGCAAAGUUGAACAAAUAGCCUCCACAGACUUAGAGUUUGUAAAUUGGCAAAAACUCGUUGGCUUUUGGGGUUUGCGGCUUUUUCUCAAGAAUGGAUCCCUUCAUAGGUUUUGUGGAUUCAAGGAGUCGGAGCAGGAGAAGAUCGCCAAGUUUUUCAAGACCAACUACUCCAUGGAUAUGCUGGAGAAAGAGUUGAGCGUGAAGGGCUGGAACUGGGGAACAGCCAAAUUCGCAGGAUCAGUGCUUAGCUUUGAUGUCAGCAACUUGACAGCUUUCGAAAUUCCCCUCAACAAUGUCUCGCAGUGCACAACUGGGAAAAACGAAGUCACUAUUGAGUUUCACCAGAAUGAUGACGCACCUGUUAGUUUAAUGGAGAUGCGGUUCCACAUUCCCUCGUCAGAAUUGGCCGGAGAUCUGGACCCCGUGGAAGCAUUCCACAAGCAGGUCAUGGACCAAGCCAGCGUUAUCUCCGUGUCAGGCGAUGCCAUUGCCAUCUUCCGUGAGAUUCAGUGCCUCACACCUCGUGGUCGCUAUGACAUCAAAGUGUUCAACACUUUCUUCCAGCUCCACGGUAAGACGUUCGACUACAAGAUACCGAUGUCAACAGUGCUGCGGCUAUUCGCACUUCCUCACAAAGAUGGGAGACAACAUUUCUUUGUAGUGAGUUUAGACCCGCCCAUCAAACAGGGGCAGACUCGGUAUCAUUUCCUCGUGUUCUUGUUUGGACAAGAUGACGAGACAUCAAUUGAACUACCAUUUUCUGAAGAGGAACUGAAAGAAAAAUAUGAAGAUAAGCUGAAGAAGGAAAUAUCAGGACCCACGUGGGAGGUUUUAGGCAAAGUUAUGAGAGCAAUCGUCAACCGUAAGAUCACUACUCCUGGAGGGUUCAUUGGAAAUACUGGCACACCGGCUGUCGGCUGCUCCUAUAAGGCGGCAGCUGGAUUCCUCUAUCCCCUGGAGAGAGGUUUCAUCUUCAUCCACAAGCCACCUAUCCACAUCCGCUUCGAGGAGCUGGCCAGUGUCAACUUUGCUCGUAGUGGCGGAAGCACCAGGUCAUUUGACUUUGAAGUAGAACUGAAAUCAGCAGUAGUCCACACAUUCAGCAGUAUUGAGAAAGAAGAGUACACAAAACUGUUUGACUUCAUAUCGUCCAAGAAACUCAGAGUCAAGAACCGUGGGAAGUCUGACAAGCCAAGCUAUGCGGACGACUUUGGUGAUUCAGACCAAGAGGGUGCACCCGACGCUUACCUUGCGAGAGUCAAGCAGGAGGCGGCCGAGCGGGACGAUGAGGACGGAGGAGACUCGGAUGAGGACGAGAGCACAGAUGAGGACUUCAACCCCAACGUCGCAGAGAGCGACGUGGCUGAAGAAUUUGACUCUAAUCCAGAACCAACAGACUCAGAUGAGGGUUCAGAUGCUUCAGGAGGUAGUGGCGGAGAGAAAAAAGAGAAGAAGAAAAAGAAAGAGAAAAAGGAAAAGAAAUCACGAUCUGCAAAAACAAUUUCUGAAAAACCGAGGAAGAGGAAGAAUAAAAGAGAGAAGGAUGAAAAUGCUCCUAAGCGUCCUCCAACUGCUUACUUUCUCUGGUUCAACGAGAACAGGGAGAAGAUCAAGAGCGAUAAUCCUGGUAUUGCCUUCCUGGACAUUGCUAAGAAAGGAGGUGAGCUCUGGAAAGCUCUGGAUAACAAAAAGGAGUAUGAGGAGAAGGCAGCGAAAUUAAAAGAAGAGUACAGUGAGGCACUGAAGAAGUAUAAAGCCAGUGGUGGUGGCAGUACUGGUCCAGCCUCCUCCGGAAAGUCAAAGACAAAAUCAUCGCCAAAGAAAUCAAUUGCUAGUGCAAACACAAAAUCUGCCGGAGCCGGAAAAGAUUUUAUCAGCAAGGAGUUUAUUGAGGACAGUGAUAGUAGUGAAAGUGACGGCGGCAAAAAAUCAAAAAAAACCGAAGUAAAAAAAGAAAAGAGUGAUAGUAGCAGUGGUGGUGAUGAAUCAGAAGCAGAGAAGACCCCAGUGAAAAAAGAAGCAAAGAAGGAGGUGAAAAAAGAGAAGGAAGAGAAGAGUAAGAAAGCGGGCAGUGAUGAGGAUGAUGAUGAAUUCCCCGAAGAACCAGAAGAAAGUACACCACCAACAACUGAGGAUGAAUCAGGGGGUGAUUCAGAUAGUGAUUAGGAAAACAAAAACACAUUUAAUGUUAAAAACAGGAAUUUCGAGAAAGCAGAUUUUUUAAUGAGGAUAGGAUAAAUAAAUCUCAAAACAUAAUUAUUUCAGUGACCUGUAAUUAAGCUUUUUCAUUCUUUCCUGUUCUGUAUUUGAAUAACUGUCUAUUCAUUCCAUAAUUUGGUCUAUAUGUUUAACAUGAUUCCUGUAUUUUGAAUGUACAUAAUUAUUAUUAAACUAAUUUUCUACUUUA